CACAAACACCUCAAACGAUUAGACCAUACGUACAUAGCUACACACACCUUCGGGAAUUGUAUUCCAUUCCAAUAUAAUUUUUGAGAUAUGCACCAUGGGAAAAUAUUAAAAUUCAAGUUUCACUCAAGGCCAGUAUGAAAUGCAGGAACAAAGUCAGUCAUCAACUAGCAUUACCAACCCUGACAUUGCAAAAUCUAUAUAAUCCGCAUGCCUUCGUAUUAUAUGCAGAUUCAUUGAAAACCCAGUUUUUGUGCAAGUAUGUACUUCCCACUACAUAAUUGUGUGAACUUAUCGUGAGCAAACUUGUUAAGUUGCUUUAUGAAACUGUUCAGUGUAGAAACCGUUUUCGUCCUGGCCAAUUAUGCGCUGACAAUCUCAAAGGAAACAUUGAUACAGAAAAUUCUUCUUAAAAAUGAAGUUGGCUAUAUUUUUACCGAUUUUUGGAGUGUUUCUCUUUUCAAACUUAAGAUAUUCAAGUGCAUUCCCAACGGAGAAGGACGCUGAUUAUGAUGAGAAUAAACUCGGAGAAGAUGGAUUCGGAGGGUUUGGGAGUGCAGAAAUAAUGCCCGGUCGAGACUUGUCAGAACAAGAAUUGAAAAACAUCAUUUAUAUUGCGAUGCAAGAUAUUUUGGAAAGCAAUAAGCAAUACAUGUCGAAAGCCAUGCCCAAUGAUUCCAACAAACUGUCCAGGAAUAAGCGUUUCAUACUUGCACCAUUUACCAGAAAUGGCACAACUGUCAACAGCGUAGGAAAUGGUGCCAAUUUUUGGCAAGGGUGGGCACAACGACGCCGUCAGCGGAUUGAACGGAGGAGACAGCGAUGGAGAAAUUUCCAACAGCGCCAACAAGCGUUUUUCCGAACGUUGGGACGCCAAGGAGCUGUGAACCCACAAACAGUGGUGCAGACCACGAUCUCCCCAGUUGGGCCAAUCAACACAGGUCAUCGAAUUAUUUUAAGCAGCAAUAAUGCUGUGAAUCCCACAUCAGCACCAACGCAAGCCUCCAAUAUUUAGUUACAAGUGAUAACUCAAUGUUUUAAUAACUGAAUAUAAUUUCAAAACACAGUUUGACUGCUUACAUAAGUUAUAAAUAUAGGAAUAAAGUAUUUAAUACAGUUUAAA